CAAAUUGUCCCUUUAAUGUCCAUGAAACGUGAUUGUUUGUCUGCGAGUGAUAUUUUGUCCAUUCGCAAAGUAAUGGAACACGUCUAUCAGCGAUUACUCAAAUUGGCUGAAUCGUUCACCAUCAACAAUACACCACCACCACCCACGGCAACUCCUCCGACUCCACAUUCAAUGGAUGUUCUGGGCACUCGGACCACCUCACCGUACGCCAAUGCGGAUCGAUUCGGGCAAAACACUCAGACCGGGGAUGCCCGGGCGACACGAUCCUGUCAGGCCGGUUCAACAAGUGAGUCUACGACCGCUGGCGGCAAUGGGACUCCAGGCAAUAGUGAUGCACGUACUCCUCCCAUGGCUCCGUUAGAUCUUCCACCGGAAACAAUGCAAGCGGAUCUGUUAACUGUGGCCACGGUAGCUGCUUCCGGGGAUGCCAAUCCGGAAGAUGUGAUCGAGAUUUGGUGUGGAGAUCAGUCCAAGUUGAACCACGACCCCGGUGCCCUCACAGCAUACGUGGCUAGUUGUUCACGGGGACAUCGUUCUGUCCUUUUCUGUCACACCUCAGCAUCGUCUACCGGCCUGUACGUCGUACGUAUGACCGAAUGGGAUAAUCCGUGCAUCGCUGCUCGCCAGCUUGUUUUGUACACUCGUCUACAUCGGUACCGCUCAAGCAAUUGCACACUAACACUCGCCCUGUCCAAUAUCUAG